UGAAGAUGAAGUAGGAACCCCAGACUCAUGGAUAUGCCAUCAACACUGGACAGACAUCUGACGAAACGUCUUCAGCCACUCAAAGUUGACAGUGUGAUGUGAAAUCCGCGAUUUCACACCAUCACUUUCACCCGGGUAUCCCCGUGACGCGACGCGCCAGACGUGGAGAGUGAUCGAUCUACGACCCGUCGUCUUGGGAGGCUUUAGGUUUUUCUCUUCUUCUUUCUUCUCGGCUCUUUACACACUCUGAAAGAGCCGAGGCAUAGUCCAUAAUGGCCGACGCGUCGAGUGACGAAAAGCGAGAGCGCCUCAAAGCCGCCCUCUGGUUCGCCGUCGGGCAAAUCGUCGACGAGGAAUCCAUGAAGAAAAACCGCAACGCCACGCCUCAGUUCAUCGGCGCUUUGACCGAGAUGGUGUGGGAGCAGAUUGAAUCCACAGCGACAGACUUGGAGAGCUUCAGUCGUCAUGCCGGGAGGACUACCAUCAGGGCGGACGACGUGGUGCUCCUGGCGAGGAAGAACCCGGAUCUGCAUGACCUUAUCAAAGACUACGUUGAUGAGCUCAAGGCCAAAAAGGCGGAGAAGGGAAAAGGGAGGCCGACGCGGUAGAAAGCCACUCCCCUCCCCCCCUGGGCAGUUAUGGAAAUGGGGGGCCCGUUUCAGGUUAUGAUAUCUUAUGAUAUCCUCCCUUUGAUGGCCACUCUCUUAAUGCUUAAUGAAUUCUUGACUAGGCCGUCGUUUUGGUGGUACAAUUACUCUCGUGGUAAAAUAAGCCACUAACAGCGUGAGAAUGACGCUUCC